AUGAGCGGGCACGGAGUCAACUCGUCGCCAAAAGUGCCUUCGUUGCGGACUGGGCUGCUGCAGCGGGCGGUGCGACGGGCGGCCGCGCGCGAGUUGUCGCCGUCGUCGCCAUCGCCGCCAGUGUCGCCACGGACACCGCCCUCGCCUGGCCCACCGUCGCUGGGCUCGCCGCCAUCCUCGCCGUCGUCUCAUAGCCGGUCGCAGGCAAGAAGCCGCGACGCGGUCCGCACGGGCCUGACUCCGCUGACGGAGCGGUCGGUGUCGGGCGGCUCGCCUCCGGGCUCGCCGCCGUCGUCGAAGGGCGGCAAGAACGCGGGAGCAGACACCAGUCUCGACGAUGAGACGCUGGCCAAGUACCGAUUGGCGUCGCCACGGCGGCGGUCAGUGGUCACCCUCUCUGCCCGCGGCAAGAGCACCGACAAGAGCUUGUUGCCGUGGGGCGAGAAGAAGGCCGAUCCGCUGUCGUCGUCGAUGUCCUCGGUGGCGAUGCCUGAUGACGCGAGUGGCGGUGAGACGGAGUCGCAGGCCGUGUCGCGCAGCUCGCUGUCGUCAUGGGGCAAAGUCCGCGCAAGUCUCGGCUCGUUCAAGUCUCGCAAAGCCACACUCGAGUCCAGUAGUCCGCGGCGGUCGUCGGUGGCGGUGACCUCGAGCAUCCGCCGCGGCUCCGAGUUCUCAAUCGAGUCGGUAGCCGAGCGAUUCCAGGCAAUGCGCCGCAAGUCGGGCAUGUAUGAUACUCCUCGCGCGUUUAGUGAGCUCGACUCGAACAUCGACUUUGAUAUGGCAGCAAGUUCGGAUUGGCUAGCCGAAACUGAUGCCGCUGAAGAGCUCAACUUCGGCGCCUCGUCUAUGGGCGCCGCCGACCCAGGCGCACAGGCCAAGCUCAUGCUCUCGCUCCCGUCGCGCAUUCCCGAGAGGUAUCACGUGGUCAAGCAUCUUUUCAUCCGGCCGGUCGAGUACGACGAGCGGUACGAGGUCCACUUUGCCGACUCGCAGUACCAUGUCGUCGCCUUUCCGGCUAAGCACCCGUCGGCGCCGGCGCAGGUCGGCUUUCUCUCGGACGCGCUCGAGAAGAUGGUGACGAACGCCACGGCUGAAUGGAGUGGAAAGCGUGGCUCCAAGCUUGACGACGUCGGCGAUGCCGAGGACGAGCUCGGGAGGCUGACCGCGGUGCGCGAUGCUUAUGGCGUUGCGCUCCAUGAGAUGGUCCGCCAGGUCGCCGCGUCAGACUGGUCACGCGGCAUGCUGCUCAACUCGAUGAUCGAGGCGCUGCAGGCCAAUUUGGACGAGGCUGUCCAUGUCUACGAGUCACGAGUGAGCCAGUUGGAGGCACAGGCGGCGUCGAUGCGCGGCGAGGUUGCUGAAGCGCGUGAGCUCAAUGCCCAGACCAAGACUGACGUCUCAGAGCGCCAGGAGCAGAUGCGGCUGGAAAAGGCGUACAAGGUUGAGCUGGCCUCGCAGUUGGAGGAGUGGCAGUCCAAGGUGGACGAGCUCAAGUCGACCAUGCUCACGGCCUCCGAGUCUCAUGCCAAGCUCAAAGCCGAGGCUAGCAAGUGGACCACAGCCAAGCGCGAGCUCGAAGCCAACAUUGUCUCGCUCGAGCACCAGCUCGAGUUUGAGCGCCAGCUGCUCCAGGCCGAGCAGCUGCGCUCGCUCAAGGUCCAAAAGAAACUGACGAACAAGGCCAACAAGCUCAAAAGCCAGCUGGCGGCGACGCAGCGUGCUCUGCACGUGUCGAUGAUGGCGCGUGCAGCGUCAGGCGGCGAGGUCAAGGCUGACGCUGACACUGAUGCUGCUCUGCAGGAGGCUGCGCGGCUCAAGGGCCGCCGGGCGUCGGCGUUUCAGGCCGCUGUGGACAAGGUACUUGGCGCUGGCCCCGGCCCCGGCGUUGGCGCCGCACACACCCGCAAGCGCGCACUUCUCAAGACGGUGGCGGUCCAGACCGGCGUUGACGGCGAGAUUGACGCACUCCCCACACUUGUCGACACCUCGCUGCCGUUCAAGCUAUUUGAGGAAAAGAGCUGCAAGGUCGACACGCUCAUCCACCCACCGCGCAACGCGUUUGAGACUCAGAACAGGACCUUUGGCAACUUGCUCUACACACGGACACACGGCGGCUCGACCUCAAACUUUGAUCUCUCGCCUGAUGCGCUUGGCGCGUAUGAGGCGCGCGUGCUCGAGAUUCUGGAGCGACGUGCAAAGCGCCGGCUGAAGAAGCGACUGAAGCGCCGGCUGCGGAAGCGGCUGCACAAGCGGUUGUCGUCGGCAGGUUUAGUCGCCGAGCCGGUUCCCAAGACCAGGACCAAGACCAAGACCAAGACCAAGACCAAGACCAGGAUCAGGGCCAAGGCCAAGACGGCGCAAGCGGAUCAGAGUCCGCAAGAAGCGGCAAAAACGCUCGGGCUCAGCCUCCUCGUGCUAUUCGUACGAGUCAGCCUCGAUUUCGGCCUCGGUCUCGGCCUCGGUCUCGGCCUCGGUCUCGGCUUCACGCUCACGGUCGAGCUCCAGCAACACCAGGGCUCGCUGGCGCUGGUCCGGGUUGGCGACUCGAGUGUGACCAACGAGCCCGGCUCGCAGUCGUCGCCGCGCGAGUCGCGACAUAAGACCAUGCAGAAGAUGCUUGGCCUCGGGGUGUGGCGAACGAGCGAGGUGGAAGAAGUCCAAGUCCCGACGGUCGAGUGGCUCCACGAGUUUAUCUACCAGUUUUACUACGGCGCAGCAGACCGUGCACUGCGUGCGUCGACGCCGUCGGCAGUCCGCAGCGAGGAAAUCGACCCAAUGGCCGGCCUCGGCCCAUUCUCGGAGGAGCUCCUGGUUCACCUGAUCGGAAGUGAGCAGUCGGGCCAGGUCGCGAUCGAUUCUGGGCUUGCACUGCUGGCGGCGGUUGAUGCCUAUGGCGAGCGACGCGACGGCAUCAUCCGACUCUUCAUGCGGUUCCUCUCUGGUGGGUACUCGGACGCGGUGUUCCGGGCAGCUAUGGCGGUGCUCGCAGGCAUCGGCCACUCGCCGUUUGGGGUGGUGUUUGGUGGGAGUGUGUCUCGGCGUCAAGCCGAAGAGGAGGCCGCUGGAGGCGACGACGAAGCGGUGGCGAAGGACUCGGCGUGCGCGUCGGUGCUGCCGGGAGACGCGCGGGUCCACCUUGCACUGGUGCAACAGGUGGUGCGGGCAGCGUUCCGGCACUGCGGCAUCAGAGUGGUCCAGGCCAUGGUCGACCGCAUCUCGCAGCGGGCGUUUCCGGUCGAGGUUGAGGACUGGGGCGGGGCCACCGCGGUGCUUCGCGGCGACCCGACGAUGCACGCCCAGGUCGCCCUCUCGCUGGUUCUCGCCGAGGUUGCUGAGGGCUACUCGCGGGUGCUGAUGCAGCGGCGGGCGGCGCUCAUCGAGCUGUUCAACACGCUCGACUCGGAUGAGGACGGGCUGAUCAACUUUGUCCAGUUUGACCGCCUUGUCCGCCAGUUUGAGCCGUCGAUGGAUCCUGCGGUGGUCGAUGACCUGUACCUGCGGGCGGCGCUGGUGUCGCCCACGCUGUCGGGCCUGACCCAGACUGCGGUGCUGGAAGCGCUCGAGCCUGUAGCCUCGAUCUACCCGCCGGUUGUGGUGGCGGUCGACACGCUCGCGCGGCUCGACGUGGUACCGCAAGAAGUCGACAAGGUUGACGCCAUUCUUGGACGCGACGGCGCCGCUGCCGUCCGGCUUGUCUCUAACCUUCUCGACUGCCUGCCGGCCAGUGGCCGUGACGCUCACCUGCGGCUCUUCCUCUCCCAGCAGCGGCAGGCUGUGCAGGCGCUGAUGCAGGACGACCUUGCCGAUGUGCGGAUGGUGAUGGUUGCCUUUAUCGACAUGCUGGUGUGCACGUACCGGGUGGCACUGUCGCGCGUGCUGGGUGCCGGCGAGGUCUCCGGCGCGGCGUUUGAGACCGACGUGACGGCUUUGCUCGCACUGGCGCAGGCUCAAAUCCAGAACCUGACGGCUCUGUCAAACCCUAGCGAGGCUCUUGCUGCUGCGGCAUGGCAGGCGUGAGGACAAAGCUGCGCGGUCAUCGCCCCGUGAACGACGACCAGGCGUCUGAGAGCUUGCGGUCGACUUCGUGGUGCGAGGCGAGG